GUCAUCGACAGCCAAGCGCCCGGGGGCAGCCUGGACUUGGCGCCGGGAGGGCUGAGCCUGGAGGAGCACUCGCUGGAGCAGGUGCAGUCCAUGGUGGUGGGCGAGGUGCUCAAGGACAUCGAGACGGCCUGCAAGCUGCUCAACAUCACGGCAGACCCCGUGGACUGGAGUCCAGGCAACGUGCAGAAGUGGCUGCUAUGGACGGAGCACCAGUACCGGCUGCCCCCCGUGGGCAAGGCCUUCCAGGAGCUGGGGGGCAAGGAGCUGUGUGCCAUGUCAGAGGAGCAGUUCCGCCAGCGCUCGCCCCUGGGCGGGGAGGUGCUGCACGCCCACCUGGACAUCUGGAAAUCAGCGGCCUGGAUGAAAGAGAGGACCUCCGCCGGGGCUGUCCACUUCUGUGCCUCGACCAGCGAGGAGAGCUGGACGGACAGCGAAGUGGACUCGUCCUGCUCGGGGCAGCCCAUCCACCUGUGGCAGUUCCUCAAGGAGCUGCUGCUGAAGCCCCACAGCUACGGCCGCUUCAUCCGGUGGCUCAACAAGGAGAAGGGCAUCUUCAAAAUUGAGGACUCCGCCCAGGUGGCCCGGCUGUGGGGCAUCCGGAAGAACCGCCCCGCCAUGAACUAUGACAAGCUGAGCCGCUCCAUCCGCCAGUAUUACAAGAAGGGCAUCAUCCGGAAGCCGGACAUCUCCCAGCGCCUCGUCUACCAGUUUGUGCACCCCAUCUGAGGGCGGGCCAGGCUCCCUCCGGCUGCCCCGGCCCAGCAGACCCUGCGCUGGGGAGGGGGAGUCUGCUGGCAUUCCGAGUCCAAGGUCGGGGAGGGGAAGGCCCACCGCUCCCAGAGUGCAGUGAGCUCUCUGCCCCCCACCGUCCCCCUGGGGUGCUUCCUCCUCAGGCCCCACUGUUCCUGUGCCCAGCCACUCAGCCACUAGAGGACGGGGGGCACCGGCUGCCCCCAGUGUUCACAGCCCCCAGGGAAGGCACUCCCUGCCUUGAUCCCAGCAUUCCCGGAGCAGACCUGACAGAAUGGCAAUGACUGUCCGAGGCCACUCGCAGUCCAGUGCUCUCUGCCACCCCGGCCUGGCAUGGUGCUGGGAGUGGGGAGCCAGAGGUGCCCCUGGGAGUGGGUAAUAAAGAUACCAGGAAACUGA